GUUCGCCGGUCGUGGUCUCUUCGUAGUUACUCGCUUUUGAAUGUACAUACUUGUUUUUAAGUGCGAUUUGUGAAUGAGUGCUUGUGGUAACGGUAUAAAGGGACUAGCGGUCACUAUUGGUCGGAUUGUAAGAUCGAUUUGAAAUGGUCAUUGAACUAUUACAAGAAUAAAUUUAAAGCAAAACAAAAAAUAAUAGUAAAAUGCCACGUCUUGAGAAGUCACCGCCCGAGGAUUUCCGUCGAGUACUCCGCGAGAAGGCGCUAAGUCACAGCCUGUUCUACUUGAAACUUGGCGCAGGAGUUGCGCCUGCGCAUGCAAGGGAACCGACGUCACCACCACGCCGUCCCAGCAUCAGUGCGGCUGCGCGCGCGCCGCCGAACGGCCGCGUUCCCAGACAUGCGCAACCUCGCGUUUCCGAGCUACUCAAGCGUUUCGAACCAGCACCGAUGCAGUAUUUACGUCCACCGCGAGCCAGUUCACCGCAGGAGGACAUAACCUCGUCUGAUGAUGACGACAGAGCCGCGGUCAGGCGAAGAAGCCGCGAUUUGAGCGACGACUCCGCUGUGGAACUGGAAACUAGGAGAAGGCAUUCUCACCCGAGGGAUAUCACACCACCCCCAGAUAUCAUGUCCCCUAGAAAGGAGAGGACACUGGUGGAAGCCCAUAUAGUUGAGCUAGGAAGGAGGGGCAGCGAAGGUUGUGAGACUAGAGGAAGAUGCGUCAGAACUCCCAGCGUGGUAGUCAGCGACUAUUCUGAUGGGGUGGUCGCAGUGGGCGCGACUGAGGAGGAAGUUAAUUGGCUCAGGUCGAGGUCUUUGUCUGCCGACUCCGCUUGCUCGUCGUGUUCCACACUCUCGAGUCGCGAGGAUGACGAGUUCGAAUCACCGACUAUGACGAAAAAGCAAUCAGAAAGAUGGCGCAAACUCCGGAACAUAGUGCAGUGGACCCCCUUCUUCCAAACGUACAAGAAGCAAAGGUACCCGUGGAUCCAAUUGGCUGGCCAUCAAGGGAACUUCAAGGCUGGUCCCGACCAAGGCACCAUACUGAAGAAGUUGUGUCCACAAGAAGAAACCUGUUUCAAAUUCCUGAUGAAAGACAUCCUGCGACCAUUUGUUCCAGAAUACAAGGGCCAAGUCAAGUGCGAUGAUGGAGAACUAUACUUGCAAUUGCAAGAUCUCCUCAGCGAUUUCGACUGUCCUUGUGUCAUGGACUGCAAAAUAGGCGUUCGAACAUAUUUGGAGGAGGAACUUGCAAAGGCUAAGGAGAAGACCAAGUUAAGAAAAGAUAUGUACGAGAAAAUGAUUCAGAUUGAUCCCAAAGCGCCGUCUGAUGAGGAACACAGAAGCAAAGGUGUCACCAAACCUCGUUACAUGAUCUGGCGAGAAACAAUUAGUUCAACAGCUACAUUAGGAUUUAGAAUAGACGGAGUGAAGAAAGCAGACGGGACCAGUUCAAAAGACUUCAAAACCACUAAGACUAGAGAACAAAUAUCAGAAGCAUUUAAAGAGUUCACCAGUAAUUUUCCUAAUGCUGCGCCGAGAUACUUAGAAAGAUUAAUAAAUAUACGCUCGACCCUACAAGACUCGCAUUUCUUCAAAACACAUGAACUCAUUGGCAGUUCUCUUCUCUUCGUUCACGAUAAAAGAAGAGCUUCCAUUUGGAUGAUAGACUUUGCAAAGACUGUUUCAGUACCCGAUGACGUCAAUAUUGACCAUAACACUACGUGGAAAGUCGGAAACCACGAGGAUGGGUAUCUCAUAGGACUGAAUAACUUGAUAUCCAUAUUUGAAUGUUUAAUAAAAGAUGGAAAUGGAAAUAUUGACCAGUGCUAUGCAAGUUUAAAUUUAAAUAAAGACGUGAGACAGGACACUUUAGCCACUUGAUCUUUAUAGACUGAAAUUCUCAUUGUGAGAUCUGACAUUUUGAUGAACACAUUAUUGUGUUUCCCAUAGCAGUGCCAAAACUGCUUCGUAUUGCUGACACGACAUAGAAAUUCUACGUUAAGUUCGAUACGAUGUUUAUAAUUUAAAAUGUUUGUUGUUAUUUGUAAAUAAGGCUAUAGAAAGACCAUUUUGUAUUAUUAAGUUGUUAUAUAAUACUCAUAAUUAUGUAUAAUUUUGCACCACCAGCACUUUGUUAGUUAUAUCGCAAAUUAAUUAUACUAUUAAUGUAAAUAGUUGUAUAUGAAAAUUGUAUAAGGAUUUCGAUAGAUCAAAUUGUGUUAUAUUAACAACUUCGCUAGAACUUUGGUUAUUGUAUAAAAUUUGUAGGCUUCCAACAAACUAACGAAGUGCAACUUGCUUAAUUUGUUCACAUGUACACUAUAUUAGUGUAAUGACUAUCUAGUUAAAUAGUUGUUAUUACAAUACAAUAACUGGUGGUAAUAAUUAAAAAUAUAAUAU